ACUGUCGUUGAAGCUCUCUCUGUUUUUCUUUCGGUUCGAAUUGUAUUGGUUAGGGUAGACGUAGAAUUAAAGCGAGGGACUAUUGAUUAAUUUAAUUCGUCGCAAUCGCCGUCAAUUCUGUCGGUUAUUUGCGAUCGAUCGAUCCCCUUCGGGUGGCUAUUAGGGUUGCAGUUGCGUUUUUGCCGGUGAGAUCUCCUCUGCCCGGGGCCCCGGUGGUCUUUGCUAGCACGUUAGAGGUAAGUUCAACGAUCUUCGCUUUUCCCGCUUGUGCCUCAAUUGGAUCUUCUCUUCCUUCAAUCCAGUUCACGUUCAGCUCAUUGAAGUGAUAAAGACUUGAUUCUUCUAAGUUACGGACACGCUCAAAUGAUUGACUACCCAGUAGCUUAUUAUCUAAUGAGAAGGUGACUUCUGCUUGAUGGACUGCAUGCACACUUCAACUGACAAAAAAACACUGAAGAAGUGGUUCUUCAUUGAUAAAAUGGUUGGAUAAUAUUCAAGGGAAAAAGAAGAUUUGAGUCAAAUUAAACUUUUUGAUUCUGCACCUUUGAGCAAGUUGAGAUUGGGGUUGCCCUCUAACAUGUCACCAUAUUCUCCGGCAGCAUCACCAUACUCAUCUUCUGGUCUGUAUCUAACAAUUCCCAGAAUAAUAAAUGGUAAACUUGAAGAUGUCAGAGUUAACGGUUGGCUAGAUGCCAUGAUAGCAUCGUCACCUCCUCGAAAAAAGUUAAGCAAGGAUAUAAUCUAUGAGUCUCAAACAGAUGACCAUGAUGCUGCUUAUCAAACCUGGAUGAUAAGUUAUCCAUCUGCUUUAAAUUCCUUUCACCUAAUCACAAGUUAUGCUAAAUGCAAGACAGUAGCUUUGUUUUUGGACUAUGAUGGAACUCUUUCACCAAUUGUGGAAAAUCCGGAUCAUGCAUUUAUGUCAAGUGCUAUGCGUGCUGUUGUAAAAGAAGCUGCCAUUUAUUUCCCAACUGCAAUUAUUAGUGGAAGGUCUCGUGAUAAGGUGCACGAAUUUGUCAGGAUAUCUGAGUUGUAUUAUGCUGGUAGUCAUGGUAUGGACAUAAUGGGCCCGGUCAGAGUAUCCAACUCCAUUGAUGUUCAUCCAGACUGCAUCAAGACAAUUGAUAGUCAGGGUAAAGAAGUACAUCUUUUCCAACCUGCCAAUGAGUUUCUACCAAUGAUCAAUGAGGUUUAUAAAUCCCUCAUUGAGGUCACUAGCGACAUUAUCGGUAUCAAAGUUGAGAAUAACAAGUUUUGUGUCUCUGUACAUUACCGCAAUGUUGAUAAUAAGAUGUGGGAUGAAGUUGGAGUUCGUGUAUUUGGCCUGAUAAAUGGUUAUUCACGUUUGCACGUCACUUACGGGCGGAAGGUUUUAGAGGUCCGUCCUGUGAUUGACUGGAACAAAGGUAAAGCUGUUGAAUUUCUGCUUGAAUCACUAGGGCUUAGCCAACGCGAUGAUGUACUCCCCAUAUAUGUUGGUGAUGAUCGGACUGAUGAAGAUGCAUUCAAGAUCUUGAGAGAGAGUAAGUGUGGAUUUGGCAUCUUAGUAUCGAAUGCUCCAAAAGAAACUACUAGUGCCUUUUACUCUCUGAGAGACCCAUCCGAAGUACAAGAAUUUCUCAAAUCCCUUGUGAGAUGGAGGAAGUCAACAGCAUUACAAACUGAAAAUAUUGCCUCUGAAUAUAUUUGAGGGGCAUAUGUCAAGUCAUAGAUAAGUACCUGAUAAUAGUUUGCCCUAUAAACUAGAAACAGGCCAUAUCCUUCGUUCUUGCAUUUGUUAAUUAUUUUUAAAUUCAAGAGCAUGUUCCUUCAUUUGUACUUUCUUUGUUACUCCAUCUCCAGAUGUUCUAGUUGUUCUAGUCAUGCAUUCUUCUCUAUUACAAAUCUCUAAUUGCCCCUUGCAUCAUGCGAUGAGUAAGACAUUUGCUUAAACUGGACAGAAGAAUCUGAUGUGAUGAUCUUAAUGUUUUAUUUUACUAUCAUGAAGAUGUUUGCU